AAAAAUUUAAAAAAUAGCAACAAAACAAACCCUGAAACCCUUAAACCCUGAUAUCCAAUGUGAAGUAACAAACCAAAACCCUCUUCUUCUACUACGGACAUGGAGAACCAGAACGAGAAGAACCUCACUCUACCUCACGAGUCUCCAUCUGCUACUGCUGAACCAAGCGACAUGGAGAACGAGAACAUGAUGAACAAGAAGAACCUCACCCUACCUCCCGAGGUGAUCGUCGAAAUUCUGCUUCGCCUGCCGGUAAGAUCUCUACGGCGUUUUAAAAAGGUUUCUCCGUCAUGGUCCUCUAUUAUUUCCGAUCCCCAAUUCAAGAAAUCCCAUUUUGACCUAAAUGCUGCACCCACUGAUCGUCUUCUUCUUCGAUUUCUCGAUGAGGAUAGAGACAUAGUUCAAUCCUUUGAUCUAGCUUCAUCGCUUGAUGACCGUUCUGCUAUCAAAACCCUCAAUGUCCCACCUCCAUCCAUGUUGUGUAAUCACAACCCUUUAUAUUUCUUGGGUUCUUGCAGGGGUUUUAUGCUUUUAGCCUAUGAACAUACUGGUGAUCUCAUUGUUUGGAAUCCAACAACCGGUUUCGAUCAACAAAUUCUGGAUAUAGACCAUGAGUUUGUGUUUAAGUUUCUAUGUGGUUUUGGGUAUGACAGCUCAACUGAUGACUAUUUUGUAGUUGUUAUAACCCUGUAUCGAUCUUUCAUCCCUGAAACUGAAAUGCAUUGUUUUUCUUUGAAAAACGAAUCAUGUUGUGACGUUAAGUAUGGUAAUGUUCAUUAUAUGGAUUAUGGACAUGAUUCUACAUCUGGGGUGUUCUUGAAUGACUCUCUUCAUUGGCUGGUCAUUUAUAUGGAGACAAGGCUUCCUGUAGUUAUUGGCUUUGAUCUGGGAGAAAAGAGUUUGUCGGAGAUUCCUCUGUCGUCUGAAUUAGCAGGGGAAUUGGCACGGAAAGUGUAUUAUUUGAGGGUAUUGGGAGGAUGUCUCAGUCUGUGUUCCUCGGGUGGAGGUGGUACGCGUGAUAGUUGUGAGAUAUGGGUCAUGAAAAAUUAUAAAGUGCAGGCUUCUUGGACCAAGGCUUUUGUCAUAACUUCUUGUCACAUUCCUUGUAGACACUUUUAUCCAGUAUGUUUCACUGAAGGUGGUGGAGUUGUUGGAACUGAUGGCAGUGGAACACUGAUGAAAUUUAGUUCCAAGGGAAAACUGCUUGAGCAUCGCAAAUAUGAUCGGGAGUACAAAAAAGUUACAAAAUAUUUUGAGAUGUAUAGAGAGAGUCUGCUGUUAUUCCCCGGUGAAGAACGACCCAUCCUUUGUGCAACAUCACUCCCUGGUGACUUUAAGGAAGCAACUAAAGAGGAGAAAGAGAAAGCAACAUCACUCCCGGGUGACUUUAAGGAGGCAACUAAAGAGGAAGAGAAAGCAAUUGAAGAUGAGGAAGCAAGUGGAGAUGAGUAUGCAAGUGGAGAUGAGGAAGAGGAAGCAACUGAAGAUUCGAAUUCAUCUGAAGGUGACUAUCCAACUGAAGAUGAGGAAGAGGAAGCAACUGAAGAUUCGAAUGCAUCUGAAGGUGACUAUCCAACUGAAGAUGAGGAAGAUGCAACUGAAGAGGAGGAAGAGGGGGAAACUGAUGAUGAUGAUGAUGAUGAUGAUAGUGAUAGUGAUGAUUAUGAUAGUGAUGAUAAUAUAAUGAUGGAGAAGAUGAAGAUGACCUACUCUAAGAAAAAAUAGUAUAUUAACACGUAGGUGCCUUUGUUCGAUGUUUUGACUUGAAGUUGUGGAGAAAUACUGGUCUUAAAGAUGGGAUGGAGCGAAAGGUUUUGAAACUAGUCAACUUGUGUUAUGAAUUGAUCUUGUGUGUAAUUGAUUUAACCACUAAGUCACAUUGAUCUUUUGUUUGAUAGGGUUUUUUUGUCGUACUCUCAUGAUAUCCUUAAUGAUACUAUGUAGUUUGGAUGUCUAUUGCAAGGACAGUGCAAUGGAUGAAAAAAGUUAGAGAUUCAGCUCGACUUGCUAAUGUCUCUGUUCAUAUUUUUUCUUCCUAUAUCAAGAUUAUAUCUACUACUAAAUGGGAAAAAAUGUGUAGUUUUUCACUUUCAAGAUUAUUUUAAGCUGCAUAAUCUAUCCAGAAGAUAUAUAGAUCUUCAAUCUUACAGCAACUUCCGUAUUCUUUUAUGGUUAACAAAUUUUGUAUAUAUGGACUUGGUAUCAGAAUAAUUAUGAAUAGAAGUUAACAUAUGGGAUUGCUAUA